AUGAUGUUUCGCGACCAGGUCGGGGUGCUGGCGGGCUGGUUUAAGGGCUGGAACGAGUGCGAGCAGACUGUUGCGCUGCUGUCGCUGCUCAAGCGCGUGAGCCAGACCCAGGCCCGCUUCCUUCAGCUCUGCCUGGAGCAUUCGCUGGCCGACUGCGCCGAGCUGCACGUCCUGGAAGGAGAGGCCAACAGCCCGGGAAUCAUUAACCAAUGGCAACAGGAAUCCAAGGAUAAAGUGAUUUCCCUUCUGCUAACUCACCUGCCUUUGCUGAAGCCAGGAAACCUCGACGCGAAAGUAGAGUAUAUGAAACUGCUGCCCAAGAUCCUGGCUCACUCUAUCGAACACAACCAGCACAUUGAGGAGAGCAGGCAGCUGCUGUCCUACGCUUUGAUCCACCCAGCCACUUCCUUGGAAGACCGCAGUGCACUUGCCAUGUGGCUGAACCACCUGGAGGACCGCACAUCCACCAGCUUCGGUAGCCAGAACCGAGGCCGCUCGGACUCUGUGGAUUAUGGACAGAUGCACUACUAUCACCAAAGACAGAACUCUGACGACAAGCUCAAUGGCUGGCAGAACUCUCGGGAUUCUGGGAUUUGCAUCAGCGCCUCCAACUGGCAGGACAAGAGCCUGGGCUGUGAGAAUGGCCACGUGCCCCUCUACUCUUCCUCAUCGGUCCCUGCCACAAUCAACACGAUUGGAACCAGCACAAGCACAAUUCUCUCAGGCCAGGCACACCACAGCCCUUUGAAACGAUCUGUGUCCCUUACCCCACCCAUGAAUGUGCCAAACCAGCCUCUAGGACAUGGAUGGAUGUCUCAUGAGGACUUACGAGCUAGAGGACCUCAGUGUCUCCCACCCGAUCAUGCCCCCCUGUCUCCACAAAGCAGUGUAGCCUCUUCAGGAAGUGGUGGGAGUGAACACUUAGAAGAUCAGACCACUGCUCGUAACACAUUCCAAGAAGAAGGUAGUGGGAUGAAAGAUGUUCCAGCUUGGUUAAAAAGCCUCCGCCUGCACAAAUACGCUGCACUCUUCUCACAGAUGACUUACGAGGAAAUGAUGGCCCUCACGGAGUGUCAACUGGAGGCUCAGAAUGUCACCAAAGGUGCAAGACACAAAAUUGUGAUCAGUAUUCAGAAGCUCAAAGAAAGACAGAACCUCCUGAAGUCUUUGGAAAGGGACAUCAUCGAAGGGGGCAGCCUGCGCAUCCCCCUCCAGGAGCUGCAUCAGAUGAUCUUGACCCCCAUCAAGGCCUACAGCUCUCCUAGUACCACCCCUGAGGUGCGCCGCCGUGAGCCCUCGCUGAUGGAGAGCCCAAGCCCUGACUGCAAAGACAGCGCUGCAGCAGCCACCAGUGCCACAGCCGGUGCCUCAGCCGGUGCCAGCGGUGGGCUGCAACCAUCCCAGCUGAGCAGCUGCGACGGGGAGCUGGCUGUCGCCCCUCUGCCGGAGGGGGACCUGCCGGGGCAGUUCACCCGAGUCAUGGGGAAAGUGUGCACACAGCUCUUGGUCUCCAGACCCGAUGAGGAAAAUAUAAGCUCCUAUCUACAGCUCUUAGACAAGUGUCUCGUUCACGAGGCAUUUACAGAGACACAGAAAAAAAGAUUGUUGUCAUGGAAACAGCAGGUGCAGAAGCUCUUUCGGUCUUUCCCUCGGAAAACCCUUCUAGACAUAUCAGGAUAUCGACAGCAAAGAAAUCGUGGCUUUGGGCAGUCCAACUCCCUCCCGACAGCCAGCUCUGUGGGCGGCGGCAUGGGUAGGCGGAACCCACGACAAUACCAGAUCGCAUCUCGGAACGUCCCUUCCGCCCGCCUUGGUCUCUUGGGCACCAGUGGCUUUGUCAGCUCCAACCAGCGCCACACCGGGGCCAACCCCACCAUCAUGAAACAAGGAAGACAGAACCUCUGGUUUGCCAACCCUGGGGGCAGCAACAGCAUGCCCAGCCGCACCCACAGCUCCGUCCAGAAGACCCGCUCGCUGCCCGUGCAUACUUCCCCACAAAACAUGCUGAUGUUCCAGCAACCAGAAUUUCAGCUUCCUGUGACUGAACCUGACAUCAACAACAGGCUGGAGUCCUUGUGCCUCAGUAUGACGGAGCAUGCCCUGGGAGACGGGGUUGACCGGACCUCCACAAUCUAGAAACUGAAGAUGACAGUGACCGCGCUGGCCGUGAAAUGGACUGCUGCGGGCCCAGUGUCAGCCAUCUUCAGGGUUGCAGAGACUCUUCCAAGACACUUUGCAGCCUUUUUCCCCUGGUCCCUCGCCCAUUUUGAUUUUGUGAGAGCGUAGGUCAUCCUUGUAAACAUAUCAGUAGACCUGGGGUUGGUUAUGUUGUCAUUUGUUUCUGUCACGGGAUGGGACGGUAUGCAGGGUGGGGAGGGGACUCUCGGGGAAUGUGGGGCUGGGAGGGGUGGAGGGAUGCUAGUGGCUUCCUGGAUGGACAUGGAGUGGGAAGAGUAUUGCUAGGAGAGAUAUGCAAGAGACACACAGGAGGGAGGUUGAAGCCCUGCCCUGGGGAGCCUUCUCAGAGCCCAGCUUCACGGUCAGGCUGCAGAAGACAGAGGACACAGGCAGGCAGAGCAAGAUGGCGGCUAGCCUGUUUGUGUCUCCCCUGACCGGAUUUCCCUGAGGCCCGGCUUGAAACAACCACAAGAGAGGGCUAUAUGGCACCAAGGGCGCGAGGAAGAAAUUCCCUCCAGCAAACUUUCAGAUAAACUUUGAUUUGUGUAUUGUUUACAUAAGAACUUUAAAGGGUACAUGAUGUGUAGAGUGUGAGUAGAACUUCUCUUCAUACUAUGGUUUUUGUAAAAGACUGGUUGUUGUUAUGGAUUCAUUCUGUCUCAUCUAUUUUUAUAAUAGCAGCAGGGUUGUCUUAAAAAAACAAAACAAAACAAAACAAAAAAACAAAAACAAAAGAAACAGCUGCCAAGCUCUGCUUCUCGGGAAGAUGCUUGAGGUCAGGUAGGCCUCAAGUUGCCAUCUUCCACCGUGGGGUGGGAGGAGUGUGUGGACGGGUUUGAAGGAUAAGGAUGCGGCUGGGGAUGAACAGAGUAUUAGGCAUGGACACAAGGAUGAUGGCACCAUGUGAUCAGUUGUCCCCAGAGAUGAUGAACUCUGCAACCUCUUUCUGGGCUGAAUUUGCAUCCCACCCAAGGCCUGUUUUUCCUUCCACCCUCCCCACAGGCUCCCUCCUAUCGGCCCUGGACUCACUCCACAGACACACAUGUGGGUACCAGUCCCUCUCGAGGAGGAAAGACAUGGGUAGAUGGUUUUCUUUUGUAUGAAGCCUGACACUAGAACAUUUGUGAUGGAGACUUUGCAGGAGCCUAGGCCUGGGAGCUGUGUCUCUUUUCACUCCAUCUCUGCCAAAGAAGAAUGGCCUAGCAAUAGUGUCACAUAGAGCAUGCAAAGAGGCAGUAGGUCCUCCUGGUCCAGCUCCACCAUGGGGGCCAUGGGGGGGACAGUGAAAACAGAAGCAGGAAAGGUUAAAUUUGUGAGAGAAGUGGCGGCUCUCCUUACAUGUGAGUCAGAGGUUUGCUGUCUUGUGGGAUGGUUUGUCCAACCACGCACAGGAAAAAGAAAACACAUGCACAUUACACAGUUCAAGAUUAACUGUAACACCAUGCAGGAAUAGAUCUAUUUCUUAAGGGCAACAAAGAAUAGUUCAGAAUUUAAUACAAUGGAGGCUAUCAGAGGGAAUCAAAAAGAAAUUGUGUGCCUCAGUGGAGAACUAGAAGUGUAAAUGUGACGGUGUGAGUGAGUAUCUGGGGGCGUGAUCUGGGGCAUAAUACAAGGUCUGUAUAUUACAUGGGUGAGACAGAUUCCUCUUUUUAAAAAAAGGGGGGGGGGCGCAGAGUUUAAAACCAGACCAUGCAAAUGACUUUGCCUAUGAUUUUUUCAAGUUAAUGAAGUGCACACAGACUCUAAAGGCCUUAAUAAAAAUCCACACAAUUUUGUUUGCCUGUCAAGAUUACAGAUGUACAAAAGAGAUUCUGAAUUUUUUUCACAGUGCAAGGCCAAGGGCACCUUAAGAAGAUAGAGUUGUUAGUGAGCACAGAAGACUUGGAUUCAUUAUCCCAUGCAGCACUUUACAGCAACAACAGAAACAAAGCAUUCGGGACACUCCUUGGGUGGACAGGUCUUGAAGGUACAAAUUCAUGUGCAGAAAGAGGCAGCAUGUUUAGUUUUUAGAUCGAUGAUAGAAUUAUUUUUUAACCAAGUGCCAUUAACAGUCAUCCCUCCUGUCCCUUUUCCAAACAACUCACUGUUGGGGAAGGAUCUGGGAUAGAGAGUCCAUGUAAGGCAGGAUAGACUAAAAUGUCGAAGGCCAAUGGUAAGGCCAGAGGGUCCGAGGAAGUGUUUGGAGGGUGCUGGGAAGGUUAACAAAGAGAAGCAACAGGACUCUUCGUCCUGUAGGAAGGAGACGGUGUUCCAGUCUGCUACAUGCAAAGCACGUACCCGUAAGGUCGUGGGAUAUUCAGAAACCAGUUUGUGAACACAAUCACGAGUGUGAAUCUUUUAAGAGGAAGAAGACCAUAGAGUAUAUUUGCAAAUCUGAAUUUCUAUUUAUUCCUUCAUUGAAUAUAGAAGCAAUGGUUAUCUGAUUAUUAGAGAUAUUAUUUUGGAUAUGUUACUUAUUAACUCGCUAUGGCUGGUACCCAUGAUAAAGUCUGUUAUUAGUAACAACAUAAUUCUUUAAAAAAAAAAAAGCUUAUUUUUCAUUGACUGUAUAGAUUUAUCUACUAAGUUGUGGUUUGCUAUGUUAGUUUUUUUAAGUUGUGUUCUGAUGUUUUUUUUUAAGAGCCCCUCCCCCCACCUUGAUUUGAGUCCUGUGUUGACUGCAGGUAGACAGCUCAAUUUAAAAAUCCUAAAGCAAAGAAAUUUUAUUUAUAAAAAGAGUCUAACAGUUGCAUGCCUGAGGCUGUGAGGUCAGACCUUUAGGAAAAAGCUGCAGUGCCUUGUUUUGUAUUUACCCAUCGACCACCCUGCCCCAUGCAGCUGUU